UGGUGGAGUUGUUUUGGAAGAAGUUCUGAAGUUCUGGAACCUUCCGACCAGCCAAUGAUUGAAGGGAGCUUAAAGUUUGAACAGAAUCCAGUUUUGCCCGUAAAAAAAAAGCUUUCCAAAGACAACUUUUAACAUAUUCGUUCAAAUAAUCAACAAAAAUGGUUGGAAAAUUGGUAAAUAAAGAAAACGCGUACGACGCCAACACACCGUCAGUGAAAAAGAAUGUAACCAGACCAAUGUUGUUAAAGAGGCCGCUUCUCGAUGUAAAAAAUACGAUCAAACCUUCAGAGCAGCAACUUAUGAACAGCCCCAAUCUGAAACUUGCCUGUAAAUCUACUGUCAAGGAAUUAGCUAGAGACGAUUAUGACGAUAUCAUUGAUGACCUAAAAUAUCCAGAGAACAAUUUGAUAGAUGAUUUUCAAGACAUCCUUCCUAGCAAAUUGUUGCCAACUCAUGAAGAAUUGAACUGCUUCGUUUUGGGCAUAUAUCCUCCUGGAUCUGGUGAAUGUAAUAAUUUUACCAAUGAAGAAGAUGAGUUAUUUUUUUGUGAGGAACCAGAUCGCAGCAGAUUUGAUCUAUCAUCAGAUUUAAUAUUGCUAGACGACAUCUCAGAAGUUUCAUAUGAAUUUAUGGAAGAAGACGAUAACUUCCAUUGACGAGACUGAUUAAUUUCUUUUUUCUCCUCCCUUGCGGGGUUUUCCAUUCAAUGUGGAGAAAAAUGGUUGCAUUUACUUAAUCCAGCCGCCAGCAAAGUCCCUCUAACGAACAGACUAAAAUAGUUGACUUUUUUUUUUCAAUCAAUGUUGUUUUUACUUUUGCUAUUAUAUUUAUCAUAUGGUGUAAUGACUAAGUACAUUAAAAUGAAUUUUUUUUAAAGUA